AUGUUGGAUAUUGCAGACGAAGCGCAGUCAUUCUUCGUAAAUAAGUGGGAAUUAUCUUCUGCCAAUCCUCAGUGUGGCAAGCUGUUGAAAUACUUCAAAGCACCAGACCCAGACACCACCGUCAGGAAAUUCUUUGUGAUCUUCUCGGCAACUUGGAUCCUCACCAGAGUAAUCUACUUCCCCCUCUAUGUUAACAUCUCGGCCACAAAAGCCCUCCUAUACUUGGAUAACUUCUACUUCGUCAACAUCGUCCUUGUCCUGCUUCUCUGGUCCCUGUUCCUUCUGCAUCUCUACUGGACUUACUUGCUUCUUCAAGUCAUCUACGGCAUGGUCUUCCACAAGGUCUCUCUCGUCUGUUGA